AAGUCAUGAAAUCAAUCAAAUCAUAACAUCGCAUCACUCCGAGCGGAUUAAACCAUAGAAAAGAUCGAUUUUCAGCCUGGCAACUGUUUCAACGAGAAGAAGCUAGUUGGGUUUGCUCAUUUGGUGCUUUUGAAGCUGUAGGUCAUCUGUUGAAUUCCCAUUCUUCAAUGGCAUCUUUUAAAAAGCAAAAGACUGUCAAAAAGAGUGAAAGCUGUCCACAAAAAAAUGUCAGGAGAAGUGAAAGCUGCCAGAGAUAUUGUACUCGGUCAUAUGUCAAAGAACAAAUGAAUGCUUUUGAAUAUGCUAAUGAUAUGGGUCCAUUAAUUGGCUUAUUACCAGUGGAAAUGUUGACAAAUAUUCUUUCCUUCCUUGAUGCACCCUCAUUAGCAUGUCUUGGAGCAACAUGUAAAACUUUGUAUGGGUAUUGUAAUGAAAUGUGGAAGCCACUUUGUAGCCGACUAAAUCUUGAACGUCAACCAACCAUUUUGUGUGUUCCAAAACCUCUACGGUCUGACUCAAUAUAUAACUAUGACAAUGCAGUGGAACUUUGUAUCAGUAAAAAACGCUAUAAGAUAUCUGCCAUCAGAAAUUGGUUGUUCUCAAGAUGGAGGUGUGUCGUAUGUUACAGAAAUGGCUCCCAACGUAUUGAUAUGCAUGUUGAUGUUACAUUAUGUGAGACUUGUCAUUCCUUAUUUUAUCGUCGCAAAUGUCAUGCAAAGGAGCAAUUCAGCUUAACAGAUAAAGAUUUAAGAAUCAUUGAUAGUGAAUCCUAUGAGUUCCUUGUCUCUGAUCUCACAACCAUAGCUCGGGCAAAGUACGGUGGUAAAGAUGGUUUGAAACAGAGAUUAGAGGAUAGGAAGCAACAAAAAGAGAAGCGUGAAUCUGACAAGCAGUGUUCAUUGGUAUUUAGAGAAAGUCAAGUUGUUUCUGCUCUGUAUCGACAAGGUAGUUCUUAUGAGGCUAUCUCAGUUGUGGAUUCCCGUUGCAUGCCUUAUGUUGGUAACCCCCCUACUCAUCCAGAUAUACUGCAGCAGAAUGCAGAUGAUGCAGCCAAGUGGUUGAUCUCUUGCAAGAACAGACAAGAAACGAGAUAUAAAACACUUGUGGACGAAAUCAAAGUUCGGUCUGGUAGAUGCAAAGGAUGCCAAGCCAGAGUUGAUUACAGACUUGCUCCCCAUGGAACAAAAUGCCCCCAUAUUACUCCUGCUGAAGCAAUGAAGAGAAUGAGUUCAAUACAAGAGAAAUUUAAAGAAGAUAUUGCCCAUUACAGUAAACAUGGCUUGCUAUACCUUGAAUCAGGCCCAUAUGACAUAGAAGAGAAGUCUGCCCAGGAGUUGAUGAACAGACAUGAUAGGAUGUGUAAGUUACAGAAGGAAUUGGACGAAAGAAAAAGUAGCUGGCCAGAUAUUUUUUAUGGAGACAAAGAUCCAAUGUUGAGUCAAUGCUCGCAAGAUUUCAUUUACAAAGGUGUUGCUCACUUGGAGAACAAAGGCGCGCGAUUUCAACUGAGAAAAGCAGUAGAUGUCGCUCGAGUCAUUAUUACUACGGCGAAUGGUUGGGAUGGCAGAAAGAAAGAGAUUACUCAAACGCUUGCUGACAGAGGAAUAACAACAGCAACCAAGAGUCUAAAACUACAAAGUCAAAUGUUGGUCGAUGACUUCAUCGAAAAUUCUGUUGUGGUUCGAGGUGAACAUAUCAUCGCGUGCUGUGCUAAAGAAAUUGCAGAAAAAGUUUCCAUAAUUGAAGGUCACGAGAAAGAGCAGCCAUCUUCUGUUGCAUUGCGUUGUUCCAGAAUUUAUUCCGAGUGUAACCCUAAACCAGAUUUUAAACAAUUACAAUCGCAAAGAAAGAAGGAAUUGUUGAGUUGUCUAAAUAACUGUAUGAAUGUGAAGUCUUAUGAAGAACUUGGUUCCAGCAAUAAUCCCUGUCAACGAGCUGCAUCUGAUUUCAUUAAUUGCGGAACGACGACAUCAUUAUUUGGGUACAAGAUUAACACGCCAAAUUCUGUAGCUGUAUUAAUCAAACUGAAACAGCAAAUAUUUGCAGAUAAAGAAAAACGACCCUAUGCAUCUGCUGUUUGCUAGCACAGAAUAACAUGCGACAUGAAAAUAUGAAAAAUAUCACGAAGAAAUUCAUACCAGUGGAAAGAUUGCAUUUAGAAAGAUUUCGAGGAAUUCACUAUGAAAGAUGAUUUCGAGGAAUUCACUAUGAAGAGACUUGGCUGAGAAGAAAGUAAGUUUUUUUCUCCAGUUCAACGUUGUUGUACCCUGGAAAAAUAUACUGGUGCAUGGUCAAAACAUUAAACCAACCUUCAGUUCUGAGGACAGCAAGACUGCAGCCGGUUUCUUAAAACUUUCCCUAAUUAUGGGUAGAAUAACUUCGCUUCCUAAGUUAUAUACGUAUUUCCUUUUUUACACCGAAUAGCGGAAUACUGCAUUUAAACUAUAGUGAAAAUAACUUUACCUUUUGAUUUCUAUUCGUUGUCUAUCACUUGCUAUAGUGAGUUGUUCCUAGUUAUACAUGAUUAUCCACAAACUCUCACUCGUUGAUUAUUUGCUCUAGUUAGGAAAUAAUUAUAGACACGUUUUAAAAUUUAAUCUAACUCAGUGUUCACAUUUUACGGAAGAAUAUUUUAAAGUUGGUAUUAUGGUAAAUAUAUUAGGCUAUUAUUAGGUAAAUAUAUUAGGCUAUU